AAUCUUGUUGAAAAUUGAUGCAAGCAUUAUAUUAUUUGGAAAUACAUUUUUUUCUUUAAUUGGAAUCAUAUUAAACUCCAUUGGUAGAAGAGGUAGCCUAUUUAUGAUAACUUGCUCUCAGAAGGCAUACGAUACAUUGACCUUCAACCUUGUCAGUGUUAUCAGCUCAAGUUUAUCUCCAUUAAAAUAAACUCAAUCAAAUACAUUUUAGAGCUUUAAUUGCAACAUAUUCAGUGUUGUUCAACUGUUCAACUCUGAGCUUUUAAUCUAGAAUUAUAUCACUCGCAUUUCGCUCUCACACAGCACCGGUGUUCACACAAAUACUUUAGGAAAUAGAUUAUUUUCAACAUUUAUAAGUUAAUUGGAUAAACAUUUGAACUAGAUUUUAUUAUUCUACUAAUUUCUGUGUUUAAAAUACAAUGUCUAAACUGAUCAGGAAAAUCAUUACUGCCGCUAAAGCUCCAAAGCCUGUUGGACCUUACAAUCAAGCUGUCCAAGUGGGAAACACCAUUUAUGUGUCGGGCGUUCUGGGAAUAGAUGUGAACACAAGUAAACUGGUGGCGGGAGGGGCACCCGCUGAGGCAAACCAGGCGCUCAAAAAUCUGGGAGAAAUUCUGGCCGCAGCCGAUUCCUCUUACAAAAAUGUUGUGAAAACUACAAUAUUUCUGGCUGAUAUUGGAGACUUUUCUGCAGUCAACGAGACAUACAAGCAAUACUUCCAGGAGCCCCUACCCUGCACGAUCAACUUUCCAAGUUGGGAAAUUACCAAUGGAAGCCAGAGUGGAAAUUGAAGUUAUAGCAGUUUCUGGAGAACUUGUUGAUAGGGUUUAGACAUUCUAUGAAACUUUUCUAUGUUUGGAAAGUGUUUUCAAACAUCUUCAAAAAGAACUGAUAAUAUAAAGAAGAUGAACACACUCUUAUAACAACAAAUUCAAAUUAUAUUAAAUAAUUUUUCAACCGUUUGUUAAUUUCGCCUACUAUAUUCUACAUUUUUAUACAUCCAUUGAAUACUAUCACUACUCCUGUAAUUAAUAGAAUAUAGACUAAGGUUAAAUCAGAAAUAGCAUAUUUUCAAUUAUUUUUGCAUACUUUGAAUAAAAAUAUCAAACGGUAACCUAAUUCCUAUUUAUUUUGCAUGGGAUAAUGAAUAAAUAUAAAAUAAUCAGAGUAAAAACAAGUUUUACUGACAACAAAAAUGCAAUCGACAAGAUUCAUCCGCUUCAAAAAGUAUUUGUAUUUACACGCUAUAAAUCCAAUCAAGUAGACCUGAUUAGACAAUAAAUUAAAAUUUCAAGAGAUAACAAAUUUUUAAAGCACUUAAAAUACAACAUUCAAUUUCAAUUGUUAGAAUAGAUCAUCAUUUGUGGAUACGUUACAAUAUUAUGAUAUAAUUAUAAGUAACCUAACUAUAAACUUUACAACAAUAUGAUCAAAAUAGUUAUUUGUACAUCCAGGAACAAAAUUGCUACUUUUACUCCCUGAGGCGAACGUUUAUCCAGAAGGAGAAAAAUUCUCUUGUCCACUUAUGUACUCAUUUUCUUCCACCUAUAUUAAUAAAAAUAUAUUUUGUUCGACUACCCUUAGACAUGCAGGAUACUUGGAUUCAGCUCAGACGUAAUAAACAUGAAUAAUCAUCAGAAUGGAGUUGCGAUGUCUCAGGCCACUCGGAUAGACUAGAUGGCUAGAUGUCAUCCAUGAUAAUCAAAUGGAAUUAUUUUUAGUUCCUAGGGAGGGUGUUAAGUACCUUAGUCACUUUACUCCCUUGGUAGUCGUAGUACUUUAAUAUUCCGUUCCAGGAAGUAAAAAUAAUCCUGUUCCAGGA